AUGGUGAACCUUGCAGAAUUAAAGUCCUCAUUCGUCUGCGUCCGUGUUGAAACAAGAAAGGACUGGAGGCUCCUGACAGGGAAGCUUUGGGCGUCAAUCGAGGAAAUCAAGCCUGACCCGCUGCAGUGGGCAAACCCCACUCCAUCAGCGAGUUUUCUCUCCAGUGACCUCCUCCGAGCAAAGGGCGCCCCAGAAGGAGCGCAGCGGACAGGGCCCGACCGCCCGGAGAUCACGCGGCAAAUUUGCGCCCCGAACCUCCGCCUUCCAGCAGUUGUUGCAUUGCCGCUCCACAGGGGCCACUGGGCCCGAGGAUCAACCUCCAGCCCCGGCUCUCUGUACCAGGAGAGGCUGUGCCAACCCGCGUUCAGGGUGCGAGCUCGCCCACUUACUCAGCUUGCGAAGAUGCCGGCCAAGCCGGAUGUCGGCUUAGCGCGCGAGGCUUCUCGGUUAAAUUUCACAAUGUCCAAGGCUCUGCCAGCUGAUCACCUGCCUUGUGAUCAAAGAAAACUCAGCUGGCCCAAAGGGAAAGUGAGGCUAAUUGAUCAAUAUCCUAAGGGACUGUUGACAUUCAGGGAUGUGACCAUAGAAUUUUCUCCAGAAGAGCAGGCAUGCCUGGAACCUGCUCAAUGGAAUUUGUAUAGAGAUGUGAUGUUAGAGAACUACAGAAACCUGGUCUCCCUCGGUCUUGCUGUCUUUAAGCCAGACCUGAUCACCUGUCUGGAGCAAAGGAAAGGGCCCUGGAAUGUGAAGAGACAUGAAACUUUAGCAGAACAGCCAGGUAGGUGGGAGUGA